AUGCCAUGUACUAGAGCGAGGAUGGCCCAAUUAGAAAGAUUACUAAUAAUGAUCUCUCAUCGUAGUUCUCAAAGUCGCUCUUCAUCUUUAUCCUCUCUCGAUCGGGAAUUAUUUUCAUUUUCUCCGCCAAAAGGACAACAAUAUUCAUCUUCACCACUGCCAGUUAACCGUCGUCCAUCUCUAUUUUCAAUAACUCAACAUGAUUUAACAGAUGAUAUUAAACUUUUAAGAGAUCAAACAAAUUCUGUAGCUACACCCAUCUCUAGUCAACAACAAUAUCGAAUUGUUUCAAAUCCAUUUGAUCCACCGUCAAGUGUUCAUCUUAAACAACGUUUAGCAAGUCCAAGUAUAUUUCAAUUGGAAAAUAAUCAAAAUCAAAAUACACUUAAAGAAAAUCGUUCAUUUGAAUGGUCUGUUGAACGACGUGCUGUUUUGAAUCCUGCUAAUCUAAGUGAACAUGUUCUACAAAUUGAUGCACAUCUCUUUAAUGAAAAUUUACAAGAACGUUAUCAGAAAGCAGCUGGUGAAUUUUGUGAAAAAUUACAUUUACCUACGCCAGCUGCCGCACAACCUCAACAACAACCAAACUAUGAACGACAUAGUUGGUACAAUGGUCGAUCAAAUGACAGUUCUUCAUUAGUAGAUGUUCGUUCAACAACACCGUUACAUAGUCAACAGCGUGAUAUGGGUUGCCAAACACGUUUAUCAUUACCUCCCAAAGUCGACAUUGAAUCAAUAAUUCAAAGUUUUUGUUCAUCAAAUAAUACAUCGGGUACUAAUGAUAGCACAAGAUCAUCUCAAUUAAAUGAUUCUCAAAUAAGACGAAAAUUAUUUCACGACGAUGAAGAGAAUGACAAUGAUGAACAGAUCGAACAAAAAGAUAGCUCAAUAUUAAGCAAUCAUUCAUUUAAUAAUAACAACAGUAUCCAACAACCAGAUGAAUCACGUUCAAGUAUAAAAUAUAGAGUGAAGAAUAAUAAUUGGCUUCACUCACAAAAGGAUUAUCGUUCAUCCAGUCCAUUUCGUAAUGUUCAAAAAUUAUUAACUCCAGAUUGUUCGCCUAUACAACAAAAACAAUCAAAUAAAACAAAUCAGAAUAGAAAAUUACAAAUGAAUGAAAAUAAACAAUCACAACAACAGCCACCAACUUUAAUUCGUUCAAUUACCCGUCCAACUCGCUAUAAUCAUUUUUCCGUCCUCACGAAUAGUCCAAUGACCAUGUCAUUUGGUUCACCUCCAAUCUCUUCACAUUCUCUCAAAGAAGAUUCUCUACUGAUUAGAAAUGGUCAAACACCAAGUCAAUAUGCUCGUCAAGUAUUAGAUAGUGCAUUACAAGAUUUAAUGGAAUGCUCAAUGUGA